AUUUAUUAUUUAUUAUUCACCAUGGGGCGCGUGCUUCUGUUGCUCUCCGUCGUGUGCAUCUUGGCCAGCCAGGCUUUGUGCUCUGGUGUUUUUGAGCUCAAGCUGCAGGAGUUUCUCAACAAAAAGGGCAUCCAAGGCAACAGGAACUGCUGUAAAGGCGGACUAACGACGCCCUACCAGCAGUGUGAGUGCAAAACAUUUUUCCGCGUGUGUUUAAAACACUACCAGCCCAACGCCAACCCGGAGCCGCCGUGCACAUACGGAAGCACGGUCACGCCCGUCCUGGGCUCCAACUCUUUCCAGAUCCCGGAUACGCUACCCGACGGCUCGUUCACCAAUCCUAUCAGGUUGAACUUCGGCUUCACGUGGCCGGGUACGUUUUCAUUGAUCAUUGAGGCAGUGCACGCCGAAUCCAAAGAGGAUCUCACAACAGAAAACCCAGAGCGCAUCAUCAGCACCAUGGCUACGCAGAGACACCUGACGGUCGGAGAGGACUGGGCUCAGGACCUGCACAGCGCGGGCAGAACCGAGCUCAAGUUCUCCUACAGGUUCGUCUGCGAUGAGCACUACUACGGAGAAGGCUGCUCGGUCUUCUGCCGACCCAGAGACGAUACUUUCGGCCAUUUCACCUGCGGGGAGCGCGGAGAGAUCAUCUGCGAUGCCGGAUGGAAGGGCCAGUACUGCACGGAGCCAAUCUGCCUCCCUGGAUGUGAUGAAGAGCAUGGCUUUUGUGAGAAACCUGGAGAGUGCAAGUGCAGAGUGGGCUUCAAAGGCCGAUACUGUGACGAGUGCAUUCGUUACCCAGGAUGCCUUCACGGGACGUGCCAGCAGCCAUGGCAAUGCAACUGCCAGGAGGGAUGGGGUGGCCUUUUCUGCAACCAGGAUCUGAACUACUGCACACAUCACAAGCCCUGUCUGAAUGGAGCCACUUGUAGCAACACUGGUCAAGGCAGCUACACCUGUUCCUGCCGCCCGGGAUUCACUGGCACCAGCUGCGAGAUCGAGGUCAACGAAUGUGCUGGGAAUCCAUGCCGCAACGGAGGGAGCUGCACUGACCUGGAAAAUACCUACACCUGCGCCUGUCCUCCGGGUUACUAUGGCAAAAAUUGCGAACUCAGUGCCAUGACUUGUGCAGACGGUCCGUGUUUCAAUGGGGGACGCUGUGCUGAUAACCCUGAUGGUGGCUACUUCUGCCAGUGUCCCACGGGUUAUGCCGGCUUUAACUGUGAGAAGAAGAUCGAUCACUGCACAUCUGGGCCUUGUUCAAAUGGUGCUCGGUGUGUGGACCUAGUGAACUCAUACCUGUGCCAGUGUCCUGAGGGUUUCACCGGGAUGAACUGUGACCGUGUCAGCGAUGAGUGCUCUUUGUUCCCCUGCCAGAACGGUGGUACCUGCCAGGAGGGUGCCAACGGCUACACAUGCACUUGCCCACCUGGUUACACAGGACGAAACUGUAGCUCACCUAUCAGCCGCUGCCAGCACAACCCGUGCCACAACGGCGCCACAUGCCAUGAGCGUAACAACCGCUAUGUUUGUGCCUGUGUGCCUGGUUAUGGAGGACGCAACUGCCAGUUCCUGCUUCCAGAACGUGCAUCUCAGGCAGCCAGUGACAUCCCAUGGACGGCGGUGGGCUCAGGCGUAUUGCUGGUGCUUCUGCUGAUUGUGGCAUGUGCUGUGCUGGUGGUAUGUGUGCGAUCAAAGGUGCAGCAGCGGCGUAGGAGCCGUGAGGAAGAAGUGGCGAAUGGGGAAAGCGAGACUAUCAACAACCUCACGAAUAACUGCCACCGGGAUAAGGACCUCAGCGUCAGCGUGGUGUCGGGAUUGGCACCAGUCAAAAACAUCAACAAGAAGAUAGAUUUCCAUAGCGAGCACGACUUGAGCUCCAACGCAGAGAAGAGCUAUAAGUCAAGGCACCAAGCCUCUGACUACAACCUCGUGCAGGAAGUGAAGUACGAAGUCAAACACGAGGUGAAGCUGGAGCAUAUUGGGAAAGAGACAGCAGCAAAGGAGCUGGCCGAUAGCUGUGAGGACGUGAAGUGCCAAAGCUUGCAAGACUCUUGCGAGUUUGAAGAAAAACGCAGGAAACGCUUGAAAAGUGACGCGUCAAAAUAUUCCGAGUCGAGAUGCUCUGAGUCCAAGUUCUCAGAGUCGAAGUACUCUGAAUCAAAGUAUCCCGAGUCGAACUAUUCCUUCGCUGUAUUCCGAGUCAGCAUGCGCAUCCGCAUGUGCAUCGGCAUCCGUGUCGGCGUGCGUCGACACCAAAUACAAGUCCGUCAUGGUCAUGUCGGAGGAAAAAGAUGA